GGCUAUCUGUUUACCCUUUUUCCUAGACAGUAUGCAGUAAUGACGAAGGUACAGUACAGUGUUGUCAGUUUAGUAUUUGUAUGGCUGCCCACAAGCUAUGAAGUCAAUAUUUCUGUCCCUGCAAACAAUGUGUUAUGUUGUGUCCCAGGUUGUCAUUUGAUGGUGGAGAUUGGGAUUUACAACACUAGUGGUAUACUACAAAGGAGGUCCAAUGAAUUAAUGAGCUUCGAUAAACUUUCAGAAACCAGAUUCUCUGCUUCAGUAAGUCAGCUCAAUUUUGCUGUGUUUUUGGUUGAUUCAACUUACCAUGCCCCUCUAGUUUGUUUCAAUUGUUUUUAUUCCAGUACAUUAUGAGUUGGCAGGUUAACUGCUUAACAUGCUAGCCUGCUUUCUAUUAUACCCCUCAGGAAGUGUUGUAACAUUUCAAGAACCAUGUUGAUAUGUGACAAUCCUGAGAUGCACAGUUUAAAGGCAGAUAAAGAGGAACUUCCAUAUCCAAAAUGAUGGCAGUGAGGAAUAUAAAUGAAAAGGAAAUGUUAUGAAAGCCUAUUUCCUCUCUUUGUAACCCUGAUUUGGCCCUUAAGGCCAGCACCUUCUAUUGGACUUUUAAUCAACUUAGGUAGGGCAGUUAGUGUUUCUUAAGUUCAGGUAGUACCUUUUCAAAGCAUUUGAAACAGAGGAGAGCCAAUUAACGAAUAGUGUAAAAUUGGUGUCUAUAAUAAUCUAAAUUAUGCUGUACACUGGCCAUCGUCAUCCUAUGGUACAAUAUUUGACAGCCUGUAAUACCUUUUCUAUUUCCCUUGUCCCAGAUCCGUUGGUGCUUUUAUUUGUCAUGACAAUAACAGAUAGGGAGUUGGCAUGACAGACAUUGGUUAUUGAUGUGAACUCCAAAUUCAGUGGAAUGUGCCAUUUCCCCUUCAGCCAGCAAGGCAUUUUAUGGAGGGAGGGAACUACUGAGCUCCAGGUCCUUCCCUCUUUUUGGUUGUUGGUAUAAGAAGGCAGCCCCAAGGCCUUACUGCCUCUAAGCCUAAACAGACACUCAGGAUGCACAGUAAACCCUCACUACGCCGGUCGUCUGCAAGUGGAUGCACCCUGAAGUGCUGCUGGAGCGCCUGUGUCCUGUACUCUAUCCUGUGCCUGGCAGCUCAACCGGAGCAUGCAGAGGCCAGAGCACGCUGUGGAUCGGAACUUGUGGCCCACUUAGAGUUUGUUUGUGGAGACCGAGGUAUUUAUCGAGCACCGAACGGGCUUCGGUACAACCAAGGGAAUAGUCCUCGUCUUAGAGGAAGUGGGACUAGGGUCAAAGGAAAGGGGAUUGUGGAACAAUGUUGCUUGAAGCCCUGUGACCUGCAGCAUUUGGAAAGCUACUGCGCAAAGCCAAAGAGGAGCAGGCGACGUGCUCCUCUCACACCUCAGCAAGUUAAAGAGGAGCAAUAUAAGGCUGUUUUCCGGAAGAGAAUAAUGAAUCUUGAGUCAAGUCAAGAAAGGCAAAAUAAUAGCAAGAUGCAUCAUGAACACCGUAGAGACUUCAUAUAGUCAGUGCUGAGAGUGAAAAAGAGUGAAAACACCAAACAAGGACUCCUCUGAACUCAAGGAAUCCAUUUGCUUUUAUUACUUAUUUCUUUAGCCCUUACCAGGUAAGUUGAACAGUACAAACAUCAUGCCCUUUGAUCUUUUUGAGACACCAUCUCUUAAGAAAAUGAGAUGAACACUGAAAGUGCCAUCAUUUUGGUGAAAAAGUGGGCCAGUACACCCAAUGCACUUUAAAAACAAAGAAUUAAGACAAUGAUUUACAGUAGUUCUGUUUACCGUAUGAGGUUUUCUAUGUUCAACAUUUAUAUUUUUGCUAUGUAAUACAUCAUUCACUGAGAGAAUGUCCUGUAUUUUGUCUUCAGUUGAAUAUAAUGUAAUGUACACUGGCUUCAAGUCUUCUUCUUGCAUUCCGACAACAGCAAUUAUGUUAAUACAAUAUAAAUAAAAGUGGAAGUUUGUUUCAAAAACCUAUUAAUGUACAGUAGAUUCCAAAAAAGUUAUUAUUUUGUAUUCUUUGGUAUUUACAAAAAAUUCUGUUUUUAAUGCAAUCCAACCAAUCAGUAACUGCAAUUUUUUUGGGGAAAAAUUAGAAAUAUCAGGUAAUGUACGCUGUAUGUAUAUAAGGACUACCAUUAUUUUCUUACUGUUAUAUAUAUAUAUAUUUAAUUAUUUAUUCAAUUUUUUGAUAACCUUUGUAAGAGUAGCAGCACAAGCACUGGACUCCGAUCUAAAUGACAUGUGCUAUUGAUUGAAUAUGUGUAUUUCAUUUGCGUCUUAUAUUGCUUUACCUUUUCUUCUGUACGAUAUGUACUUCAUGUACAGGCCUCUUCUGUUAAUAGGGGCUCUGUUAAUUAAAACUUUCAUUGCAGUAUAUAUCCAGUUUUGUUCAUUAACUCACAGAAAAGUCUUCUAUUAACACCUACAACUACUACUUGUUUAUCCCUCCUCACGAGUACACUUUAACUUUUCAGAGUUAGAAUCGUGUUGGUAUAAGAGUAUUAUUAAGCAAAUACAUUUUGUAAACUGUGCUAUGGCAUGUUUACAUUACUCCCUGCCUUGGUAUUGCUGCUACUGUACUGUACAGUAAAUACUGUUAGUGUUUACUGUUGGCAUGCCUCA